AUGGAGGUGACUGACGGCGACGAGCGUCUUGCGAUGGACGAUGACGAUUGCAUGGGCAUUUUGUGGUCGCUGCAUCAGCGGCGGAUCGAAUUUAAUCAGCUCGAGGAAAGCAUUCAAGCCACCGAAGAGGCAGCGGACGAACUCGAGGAGCAGCUUGUGGGGACGAACUUCACUGUCGCCGCUCUUUUGGCUCAACGGUUCACGAGGAUCCCUCGUGAGAGGGCAAUGCUCUGCUCCACGGCGGAGGAACGGACAAUCGGCCACCUUUUCGCUGUGGGACAAUCGGUGGUAAACGAGAGCUACCGCGAGUUCUGCGACGUUGUAAUUCAGGAACUGGAGGCCAGAACGGUUUCGAUGGUUAGGAACGAGGACCUCGAGCACCACAUGCGCGAAUUCCAGGCAGUCCUGGGAUUCCCCAACGCCAUCGGUGCUCUUGACGGCUACCACCUGCCCGUGUCGCCGCCGAAAGACUCGGCUGUCGACUACCGCAAUUACAAAGGCUGGUACAGCGUCAUCCUGUUGGCGUUGGUGGACCACAGGUACCUUUUUCGGUACAUCAGCGUGGGCUCCCCUGGCAAGUGCCACGAUGCCAAUGUGUAUGGGCGAUCCCCGUUGGGGCGUCUGCUCGAGGACUACCAGGUGGCUGUGCCAAGAACCAUUGGUGGCACAGAAAUACCACCCAUCGUCCUGUGUGAUCAGGCAUUCCCCCUCACCAGGAACCUGAUGAAGCCCUUCCCCCACAGUUUAAAUCACCCUCAGGACGAAGGCGACUUCAACUACGCCCUCUCCAAGGCCAGGCGUGUUGUGGAGAAUGCGUUUGGGCGUUUGAAAGCUCGAUUCAGAAUCGUCCUCAAGCGAAUGGAGGUUCGCAUCGACAAUGUCAACGCCGUCGUCCGAGCGUGCUGCAUACUGCACAACGUCUGCGAGACGCUCAACGACAGUGCGGACAAGCAGUGGAUCCAGGACGCCCGGAAAGUGGAGGAGGAUGACAAGCUGGAGCAGCCGAGCCGCAAAACCAAGGCCAAGACGGACAGUGGCACUGCGGUGCGCACUGCACUUGUUGCCUAUUUUGGUGCUAACCCACCCCCCAAGCGCAACCAAGCUUCAGCAGAGGCACUGUAAUUUGUUCAGCGUUGACCUUUCCCUGGCAGGCAAACUGUGCUUGCAUUUAGGAUGUUUCACCUCAGUCGAACUUUGCAUAGAAAGUUCAAGAAAGCUGAACCUUGUCAGGUUCACGACAUCCCUACAAACAAGUGUCCUAAUUCUCCACAGGUGUAGUAAUAAGCAAGGAACCAAUC